AUGACCGGGAAAGAGACCCCAACCCCCUCAAACACCGAUGUCGAGAUGAAGAACAUGCAGUCCAAUGCGCCCAAGGGCUCUAUCCCCUUGGGUGAGGAUAUCAUGCAGCUAGCUCGCAUUGGAGAGAUCGGCGCAAUGCAGAAUCUGUUUGCGACCAAGAAAUUGACUGCGAAUCAUCGAGACGAGGAAGGAAUUACUCCGCUACACUGGGCUGCAAUCAAUAACCAAUACGCCAUGUGCAAAUUCCUCCUCGACGCCGGAGCCGACGUGAACGCAAAGGGCGGCGAAUCCGUAGCCACACCAGCGAUGUGGGCUGCACAACGAUGCAACUACUACAUCGUCAACCUCCUCCUUUCGCACGGCGCAGACCCCCCUCCUAACCGACGUCCAAGGCUACAACAUCCUCCACCUCGCAACAAUCGACGGAAACGCAUUCCUCCUCGUCCUCCUCCUACACCAGGAGAUCCCGGUGGACACCUGUUCCUGCGCUGGGGCGCCAAUGCCAACGCAGUAGACGAGGGUGGUCUAACACCUCUCCACUGGGCAUUAGUGAAGGGCUCACUGCCGUGCGUCUUGAAACUAUUGGAAUACGGUGCCGACCGAUUUGCGCAAACUCGGGAUGGAAAAUCGCCCAGUACGGUUGCGCAGGAGAUGAAUACGAUGCGAGUCUGGUAUCGGGCUCUUAAUGAGCGCGGGUAUGAGCCUGAUGGGACGCAGAAGGAGGUGCCGAUGGGAUUGGCGAUUGUUCGGAAUAAGAGUACUAUGGCGAAGUUUUUCUUUCUUUGGCCGUUUCUGACGAUUCUGUUGGCCCUUUGGAUGUUGAGCCAUAUCUCGGUUUUCUUGAGUAUUCCGCUUACGUUGGUUACGCUUUUUGGGAUGCAGUGGUCUGCGCAGCAGUUGGCUAAUCGGGGGCCUUCGGAGUAUCGGAUUUUGCAGAAGACGCCGUACCUCGCUGGUGUUUUCGCAGGCACAUUAUUUUGGGUUGGCUUUUGCUAUGUUUUCAGGGUAUUGCCAGCCACCUAUUCUUCAUCCCCGAUCCUGAACAUCCUGUUUGCCGUCUUCUAUGGUCUUACAACCUAUUUCUAUAUCUACGCCAUGGUUCAGGAUCCCGGUUACGUGCCCAAGAUCAGCAGCCGGAACCAACAAAGAGAAAUGGUCAAGCAACUCUUCGAGCUAUGGAAAUUUGACGAAGAAAACUUUUGCGUCCCUUGCAUGUCGCGAAAGCCUCUUCGCAGCAAGCAUUGUCGUCGUUGCGGCCGUUGCGUUUCGAAGCACGACCACCACUGUCCCUGGAUUGACAACUGUGUCGGAGCGAACAACCUGCGCCAUUUCGUUCUCUACAUCGUUUCCCUUGAAGUCGGCAUCAUUCUAUUCGUCCAGUUGACCGUUCGCUAUAUCAACGCCCUACCUGCCCCCACAGCCGCAACAUGCAACGUAAUCAACGACACCCUCUGCAGCUACGUCACAAGAGACACAUUCACCCUAGUCCUAAACAUCUGGGUAAUCCUCCAACUAGUCUGGGUAACGAUGCUCUGCGCAGUCCAACUAGUCCAAAUCUCCCGCAACCAAACAACAUACGAAAACAUGCGCGGCCACCACAUCGACCGAUCAUACCCAAGUUCCCAAGCCUUCGCCUCAGCAAUGACAGCCGGAACAACCUCUCUCGACGCAGCCGGUCUUUCCGCUACAGGCGCAGGACCAAACCCAGCCCUGUCCAGACCUUCUCCUCCCCCGCGCCGCCACGGCAACUGUUUCUCGCAAUGGUCGAGUCUGCUGGGAAUUGAUGCAUUUUUCGCAACGGCGAGAGAUGGUCUGCGUGAGGGGCAGGGUCAAACCGUCGCAAGACCUAGGAAUCCUUUCUCCCGUGACGCCGAUGCGGAUGCAUACGGGGUCGAGAUCAGGGGUGGUGGGGAUGCGGGUGGUGGUGCUUAUAGGAGUGUUGCGGAUGAGGAUCCUGAGCGGAUGGUUUAG